UUAUUUUUAUUUAAAAAAAAAAAACAUUAAUGACAGUGACUCCUAUAUAUAUAUGGGGUGUCUGAAACAAGAAACAACUGCGAACAGAACAGAACUGAAUUGAAUAUUUUUGGAACUGAGAAGGAGUUCUAAAGAUGUUGUCUGCACUGUGUUUGGUUUUUCUUCUCGGCGCUUCGCUUUUCGUGAGCACGUCCGAAGCAGUUGGCAUUGGUGAAAUAGGAGGAGGUGCCCUCGGUGGUCAUGGAAUUGGUGCUUCCGGUCUGGCUGGAGGAGACCGUGCUGGUUCCGGUUACGGUGGACAUAAAGGUGGAGUCUCUUCCAAGGGUUAUGACCGCGGUUUCAGUUACGGAACUGGACACGAUUCAGCAAAAGAAGUCACUAUCGGCGAUGAAGAAUACGGAGGCAAAGGUUUCGGUGACAAGGAGCUGGUCGGUUAUCGAUUAGGAGGAAUAGGAUAUGGUGGCUUAGGAUAUGGAGGAUUCCGCGCCCCUCCACCUCUUAUCUUCUUCCAUUAGAGUCUUCACAGACAAGCCAUUGCAUUAGCUUCCACUGUUUAAAAUACUUAAUAUUACGAGGAAAUUUAAUAAAGGAAAAAUUAAAUAUACCUCUUAAUAACUCUAUAAUACUUUUUAAAUGUGCUGCCUAUUUGAAUAUCUGCAUAUUGACAUAAAUAAAUUACUACUUUA